AUGUUCUCCUCGCUCUUCGAGCAUCUCCACACCCUCGUGCUCGACGAGGCCGAUCGGCUGCUGAGCCUGGGGUUCCUCGACGAAAUCAAGGAGAUCAUCUCUUACUUGCCCGCGAUGCGCCGGUCCAUGCUUUUCUCCGCGACGAUGUCGGACAGCGUCAUGGACGUUGCAGUUAGAUGCUGCCGCGGCAACUACAAGUACGUCGACUGCGUGGACGAGGCCGAGGCGGCCACCGCGACCGCCGUGGCGCAGUCCUACGUGUCGGUGCCCGGGCACCAGUGCCUGCCGGUGCUGUACAACCUGCUCAUGAACGAGAUGGUGAGUGACCCGUUUGGCUACAAGGUCAUAGUUUUCUUCGCCACCGCGCGGCUCACCAUGUUCAUGGCCAGGUUCUUCCGCCAGCAGCUGCACAUCCCGGUGCAGGAGAUCCACAGGCGCCGGGACGCAGCGGCCCGGCAGGCGGCGCAGGGCUGGUUCCGGGCCGGCCAGAGCGGCAUCCUGUUCUCCUCGGACGUGUCCGCGCGCGGCAUGGACUACCCGAACGUCUCCCUGGUCGUUCAGCUCGGGGCCCCGCCGACGAGGGACAUGUACAUCCGGGGCCGCGAGAUCCGUACACGUCCACCGCCGCCGGCCAGGCCCAUCCGGGGCCCAGGUAGCCGUGUGUAUGGUUCCAUGGCCAAGCCAGGGGGCGCACACACCGCUGCUGCUGCCAAGGAUGGGCCUGGCCGACAGGCGGUGGAUCUGUCGAGAUUUCCUCGCCCUAACGUCGGGCGGCCGGAAGCAGAGCCGCGGGCCCCACAGGUGCGGGGAGCGUCGGAGGAGGGCGAAUUUGAGGCAGCGGCAGUUGGCCUUCGGGGGCCCUCUCGUCGCCACUCGGAACAGAGCGUCACGGAAGCUUCUGGUCGUCCCCAUGGCUCCAAGCAGCACGCCCCAUCGCGCGCAGAGCUGACAUGA